UACAGCGCCGGCCGGUGAGCGGUGCAGUGUGUGGCUUCUUGCUGCUGCGAUAACCCAUGAAGAAAAGUGAAUAGAACUGACAAACCAAAAAAUUAAAAAAAAAAGGAAAACGAUUGAUAAAUCUGAUCCCAAAGCAGAACAGAAAUUCAGAUCGGUUUUUGGAAAAAAAAAAAGAACACAACGAAGAACAGAGAAAAAGAAAGAAAGAGAAACUCGAUCAGUUCGAAAUCCGCGACGGACACGAUGCCCUGAUCUCCCCUCGACGGAGAUUCUCGCCGCCCAUCGACGAUCCUGUGGGCAUUUCUCUCUCUCCACACGCCCACGUACACACCCAACGCCCACACUGUACACCACGCCCACUGUAACAUCCACGCCCAACACACACACAACACCAUCAAAUCUUUCUCCUUUUUUCGACAUCGCGUUCACCACCUCUUCGUCACGCACAAGACGAAUAACAAAUAAAGGAAAGCUUAAUUUAAAAAAAGGAAAAUAGAAAGAAAACACGAAACAGAGAGAGAGAAAGAGAUAAAAAACGACGAAACGCGCGCGUCGUUUCCCCGUCCGUGUAAGUGCCUCCAGGACCUCCCGUACACAAUCCCGCGGGGCGUGGCCUCGUAGGGACCCGCCCACAGUGAAGGAUGUUGUCGUCCUGUUGGUUCACGACUCCCUUCACCGGAUGCUUCAGCACGGCCGUCAAAGGUGGCGUCGGCAGCGGUAUGCAGGAGGGAGGAGAGGGCGAGACACGAGUCCGCGUUAGCCAGUCGGAAGAACGCAGCCGUCGAUUCCUCCGACCGUCGCACCGAAGUCGUUCCGAGGGGCCCCUAGGCAGAGACAUUGAUGAUGAUAGUUUUCUUGUGUCUGAGUACAAGACCCAGUUUGCCUGGGUUAGGAGGCCACCCUCCGCCAGGGGCCCUGAGGCAGCACCGCUCCUCGAGGCGGAAAAGCCGCCGCCCCAAGCCACAAAGAGCCAGGUGAACGGCAGCGCAGGAGGAGCCGCAGGCGACGGCGGAGGAGCUGCCGUGACCAUCAACGACUCUGAGCCUCCCGCAGCAGGUCAGCAUCACCACCACCACCACCAGCAGCAGGAGCAGCCCCGCACGCCUCGUAAGUCCAAGUCGAUGGGUCGCAUUCACGGUGGAGGCGCUGUGCCCGAGGUAGGAGGCGGAGAGGGGGCCGCUGGUGGCCCUCACGCCACGGGCGCCGCUGAGCACGGGGCCGGCACGGAGGGCCAGCACGACCAGCAGCAGGCAUCGCAACCCCGAACCGACGCUACCGCUGCUGCACCUAACUGGCACCGGGGCCAUCGCCGCACGCCCUCCGAUGGCGUGGCAUGGCGGCACUCCAAAGGACUGGAGGCUGAUCGAAUCAUUGGCGGGGAAAAUAUGUUGGCUUCAUCGGAUGAUAAAUUUUCCAAGAGAGUCUAUAAGUCUGAAUACCGCAAGAAGUUCCGUCCAUUCUCGCAGUACCAAUAUGUGGAUGGCAAGUUCCAUAAGGUGAAGGGCGAUGAGCCAUCGACUGCAGCAGGUGGCGACUCAGCAAACAACUGGUACAAGGAAGUCAUUGAGCUGCGCCGUCAAGCUGGCCAGUAUAGGGCGAGACACGAUAUCGGUGACGUGUGGCGGACAGUCCAGCACCGUGGUUGGGGAGUGGAAACCGCUUCUGAGAGGUUAGCGGAGAUAUACAGUAAGCAAGCGGAAUUAUGGGAACAGGUAUCUCGUAGGUCCUCCCUCCAGGCUCUCUCUCUAGCAUCGGCUACACCCAGCCGGCCGAUCAGUAAGGCAGAGAAGGAGAUAGAGAACUCGCGCAGGUCCUCCCCAAUCAAACACGUGAGUACCUCUUCCCGAGAGCGCCCCAGCACAGCGCCUCCAAAGCCCAAGCCUGCCGCCGUGCAUAGCCAGAAGACUGCUGACAAGACCGAUGGAAAGACUUCAAAAGAGUCCACCCCUCGCCACCAUUAUGAGCGCACUACAGGUUCAGCAGAGGAGGGUCUUUUGAUCACUUCGCCUUCACGUGACAAGCUUGAACCAUUCAUCCCCGAUGAUUGGUCCACCCGACGCUCAUCACGAAGGACUCCACCAAUCACAAGUCCCGUCAAAGAUGGCCCCAGCAGACGAAGGUCCAAUCGUGCCUCCUCCGUCGUCAGACCAACCCCCACCAGGGACUGUAGGUCCGCAGUAGGAGGCCGGUCUGUAAGUGUUGGCCCAGAGAACCGUUCGCCGAAGCGCACUUCCCGCCCACCCUCCACCCAUGCCACCGCCCCCGCGACCAAGCCGGAGCGACGCCCACGACCAACGUCCCUCUCCACUAGUGCUCGCCGCAAGGGUACUGACGCUUUGCCCCACCGCCCUUCCUCCCACGAUGAUGGUAGCGUGCCUAAGAAAGCCUCUAAAGCUAAGACUCAUGACCACACUGCUUCGCCUAGGAAGGGUGAGGACAAGAGCAAAGUGGAGAAAAAACAGAUUAGUGAGGAAACUGACUCUAAGAAGGACAAAGAGAAGGAGAUUGUGCCUAAAGAUGGACCCAAGGACAUUGCGAAGGAUGGAGUUAAAGACAGCCCCAAGGAACCUGUUGAGGCUGUGAAGGAGUCCAGCGCAAGGAAAUCGACCCCCGAGCCCAGAUUCGACCCCGAGAAGUACGAACCAGUGGUCAAGACUCCCCCAGAGCCUACCCGAGUCAAGUCACCAGACCAGAUGAUGGUGAAGAGCCCUGACCCGGUCAACUGGACCGUUCCCCUGGAUACCGGCAAGACCUUCACCGUGACGCACAACAUCCCCGAAGGUGAAUCAGCACGUGGAACACCUUCCUCUGAAUACCGCCACGUCUUGGAGUCACGCACUCGCCAGACACCUGAACCCACCAAGUUGAACCAGGGUUCACUUGCAGGCACUCCCGUGUCUGCCAUUGCCUCUGAAGCCAAGUCCCACACUCAGGAGCCCUUCAAGCCUACCACUGCCACAACUGUAGAUCCUAAGACUGAAGACAAGCCAAUUGAGAAGAAGCAAGAGGCAAAACCAACAGAGAUUGUCAAGCAUGCUGAACCUAAACCCAUAGAGACUAAGACCCCAGAAGUGAAGCCAGAACAGAAGCCAGAACAGAAGCCAGAGCAGAAACCAGAGCAGAAGCCAGAGCAGAAGCCAGAGCAGAAGUCCACAGAAGCCAAGGCCCCAGAACCAAAACCCACUGAAACCAAGGCACCGGAGCCUGUUUCAGCUGAGGUGAAACCAGCUGAUACUAAAGUCCCAGAGACUAAGCCAGCCGAAGUGAAGGCACCUGACACAAAGCCUGUAGAACCAAAGGCACCAGAGCCAAAACCAGCUGAAACCAAGUUGCCACAGACAUUUGAAAAGGAAAAGUCAGAACCACAGCUCUCUGAUAUCAAAGCCUUUGAGCCUAUGAAGAAGGAACAGACCCCUGAGCCAAAGAAGUCAGAGCUUCAGCCCCUCCAGCAGCCGCAGCCUACACCACUGGCCCAGCAACCGCAGGCACCACCAAGUCCAACUGCACCUAAACAGGCUUCCCCUGUGGAAGACAUUCUUCCUGCUUCAGGUGCGGUUGAUCCUAUGACAAUGUCCAUGUUUGGCUCCCUCAAUGGCAUGAAUGGCAAGAGCUCAGGUACACCAUCUCCUACCAAGCCUGAGGUGCCCCUUCCCUCUGAACCUGCAAAGGAUACCAGUUCAGCUGAAUCAAAGCCUGUUGGUGUCCGCAGUGUCCCCGGCACUAACCUUAGGUGCCUCGACGAUCCUUCCUUCAUGUUUGACAAGCCAUCUGUAGGUACAACUAACUCUCCCAAGACUGGUUCAUACAAGGUACUUGAUGCUCCAACUGAACCACAGCAGCCAAAGAGUGCUGGUUACCGUGUAUUAGAAGCCCCAGGAGGUCCCUCUGAGGUUAAGGAUGCUCCUGAGCAGUCUCCCACAAAGCCUGAGCCCCCUGUUAAGCCUUCACCUUACAGGGUACUUGAAGCUCCUCUUGAUCCCCCAUCCAAGCCCAAGGGUUCCCCUUACCGUGUACUGGAGGCCCCAGAUGCUCCUUACUACCCCCAGCCACAGAGUGUAGGUGCAGCACAGGAGUCUAAGCCCCCUUCCCUUGUCUCCCCGUCUUCCGGAAGGACGGUAACUGAUGCACUAGACAAGGCCCGUGCCCGUUUUGAUUCCUUCUGGGGGGGCGCAAAAGAUAAAGAUCCUCCCAGCAAAGUCUAGGUGCCCAAAUCCAAUAGCCAUGUUCCAAUUUCAAGUGAGAUAUCUAUGAAGACAGUUUGCUACAUGAACAGUUACUAAAUUUGUAGGUAACAAUAACUAAUUUUUUGGUGCAUCUUCAUGGAUAUUUCUUGUAAGCCGAAGGAUGAGCUGUUAACAACCAUUCCAUGCAGAUUUUGGUGAUGUAGAAAAUUUAUGCCAUUGUCAAUAACCCCACAUUCAUGCUGGGUUCUUGGUCAACAGCACAUCUUCGGUAUAUGAAAUGUUGAGAAAACCCACAGGCCAUCAAUUCAGCCAGAUGUUUAAUCGCAAUACUCAUACUAUUUUUGUUAGUUGUCAUAGAUGCUAUUUAACUCUUUCUGGACUUCACUCAAGGCUACGCAGUAUAGUAUUUCCUGUGGGUUUUUCUUAUACGAAGCACUUGCUAGUAGGCUAAGAAUGUGAGAUUGUUUAUAAUAUGACCGAUAAGGUCCAUUUUAGUUUCUAUAUGUUUAGCUUUUAUUGAAAAUGUGAGAAUGAAAGGCAAGCCAGAGUCAUGGUGUUUGUAGGGAAUGCCAAGUGUGACCAGAGAUUCAGAUAAUUUAUCUUGUUACAACCAUUCAACUUGUCAUCUGUUUAUGGUGGCUCAUUACAUUAUCUCAGAGAACUGGAACACUGCCAGAACUCCCCAAGUGUGAAGUUUUGGAGUGUAGGUUAGUGUCAUAUUUGUUGAAAGAAAUGAAAUAUACUGAUGAUGUAACACACUUGUGUAGAACUUUUAAAAAGAAGCUGAUUUACAUUUUGGAUGAACUUGUCUUAAUCUUUGAGGAAAUUAUGGGUAUUCUCUGAAAGUUUAUCAAAUUGAUAUCAGCUGUGAAUACUGUAUUCUGGACCUUCAGAGUAAAAUGUGUGGCUGAAUUGACAGAUAUUGUUUGAAUGAACAUAUGUUAUGUUAGGAAAUAUUAAAGUAAAAAAAAUCUGUAUUUACACUUUACAUAUCUAGAAACAGUGUAAUAAAACAUUGAUUUUAGAUGUGAACUCUAUAUAAUAGGAAUAUUGGGUAUAAUGGGUGUAUAUAUAUAUAUGCAAAUUUACAUUGGCAUGGUUUUAAACUGUGUUAUCAGUUUAUGUUAUUUAUUUAACAAAGGGAUUUAAAGUUGUAUGUGUGGAUAUGAAAGUUGUCUUCUUAGGAUAAAACUCUGCCAAAAUGAUUAAGAGGCUAACUCUUUCCUAGGUCAUGAAGUAUAACCUAGGUCGUGAAGUCUAUCCUAGGGCUUGAAGUCUCUCCUAGGUAGAACGUAAAGUCGUGUCCUAGGGUGCUAUUUCUGCUCCGAGCACUGUCUGUGUCCUAGGGAUAUAUAACUAUAACUUUAGAUGAAGUACUAGAAGGAACUUGGGUCAAACUUGGCAUUUCAUCCUGGCCUUAAUACUAAUGCCUAUACAGGGGAACACUUGGCAUCCGCAAGUCUAGAAUCAAGCUUUUAGUACUCUUGAAAGAUUAUAAAGAUAAACUUUGUAGGAUUUUUGAAAGUGUGAAUCCUAGAAGCCUGGAGUACAGUGGUCCUGAUAUGCGAGAUUUUAGCAGGAAUCUUUAGAGAUGUGUAACAUGAGGAAAUCUUGAAAGGUGCAUUAUUGAUAUUCUAAUUCACUAAAUCUUGAUUAAACACUGUAUUAUAUUCUGUCAUUGUGUAAUUGAAGGUUAAAAAAACCUAAUUAAUGAAAUUUCUUUAUCUUCAAAUUUAUACCAAAGAUGAAAGUUACAAAUGAUUCAAUUUUUAUGGCGUGAAGUGUACACUCCUGAGUUGUUCCUCUACUGAAAACUGCCAAGGGUUUGAUUAUAUAGUUUUGAAUGGUAAAGCUAUUUAUAUUGUUAUAAUUAGUAUAGUGUUGGCUAAUUAUUAUACUGGGCAGAUUGGUCUCGGUCUCUGGCAAAUUUCACCAUUAUUGUUUAUGUCCCAUGGUGAUACAUAGUUUUCCUUUUGUCACUUCAUUGUAACAGCUUAUUUUUGUAUUGUUUUGUAGUUCAUUUGUCAUAUUCUUGACUGCAACACAUUCCAUCAAGCAUUAAGGAGUUUUAUAUAUUUUUUAGGUAAUUUAAUUUUCAUUUCUCAGAGUAUGUAAGAAAUGAUAUAAAAAUCCUUUGUAAGGGUCAGCAAUUUUGAUUUGGGGAUUGAGUUCCUUGCACAUAUUUGUUUCUAAAGAACCUCUCAUACGACCUUAACAUGAAUAGAUUUAAGUGCCAACAUAAUUUUCAAAAUUGCUGAUCCCAGAUCCUAGCUGUGAUUUUGGUAGGUCCCGCAUCCUGUGAGGUGAAGGGCUAUCAGCUUAGCAGAAAUCCCAACUCCUGACUCCAAAAUUCAUACUUAGGG